CAUUGGCUGUAAAUGGGCUGUAAUAAUUUAAAUUCUUAAAAUAAUAUGUAAACGUAAGCUAUGUCUCUUAUUAAGUUAUUUCAGAUUCCGGCAAAAAUUUUCAAGAAAGAUGUGAUUACAUUCCUAAUAAUAAGGAGACAUGACUUGGGCAUAGUCAACGAAAAGCUUCGGUACCUAGCCGUCAGACCAAACGCGUCUCUACUGCAUAUCCGACAAAAACUGUGGUAUCUGCUAGAUCUACCGGAUUACUGCGAAGAGAUUCUGACUCUCAAAACUGAACAUAACGAGGAAAUUCCCUUGACGUAUUUCCGUAAAGGCAACGAUCCACAGCAUCCUUUUAUAUUAGAAGUUUGGCCUCCAGAAAAGGGGGAUACUCCUUCAAGAUUGCAAAUGCUUACUUUGGGAGACAAGAGGUCCCUAAGCAGCGAAUGUAAAACAAUAACUUUAGAAAAUGGAAAGGGGGAACCACAAAAGAACAGAGAGCUUAGUCAGGAUUAUUUGAGCAACAAAUCAACUCGAUAUGAUACUUUGUCGUACAAGAAAUCCGAACUGUCCUGCAGAAUGUCCACCUCGACGCUCUUCUUCAAAAUACACGGGAAAAAGAGUAGGGACAAUUUCGCUCAUCUUCUACUGAAAAUACAGAGCGAUCUUACAACAUUGAGUAGUAAAUUAUCCAAUUUAGAGCAACGCAUACCUGUUUAGGUUAACCGAUUGUAUAAAAAAAGUGUAUGUUUGUAUGUGUCAUAUUAUCGUUCUCCCUCUAUUUCGAUAAAUAUAUUUUAUUCACAAUGUUACAAUAAAACUACUUUUUCUCAAUACUUUUUUA